UGACUCCUUUUGUCUCACGCUGUUUGAUGCUCCAGCGCACAACUCCGACAGCCAGCUGGGGUGCGGAUCUGCACUUUUAGCAACUGAAGGAGAGGGACAGUGACGUCAGAAUCGGUAUGGGGAGCAUCCAUCUCAGAUGACCUGGCCAUGCAACGUGGAGUCUAAUGACCUCCAGGUCAGGGCUGUCCGUGUGAGGGGUCGUCUUAGAAGAGAAGAGCAGACACCUGGGGUUAGAGGGAGGAGUCUUAUAUGGAGGAUGGCGUCGGGAAAAGCUGACGAGAUGACGGAUGAUAGACUGGCCUGCAUUAAACAAGAGGACUGCCAGUGGGGCGCACCCGAGGGUCCGUCUGUGAAGGUGGAGGAAUGCGAGGUUAGAAUUUCAGUUUUGAAAGAGGAAGAGGGCGAAUGCAAGAUUGCGGAUAUCAAAUCGGAGGAUUCGGAAGAUUUCUUAGUUACACUUGAACUACAAAAGCAUGAAACUGGGAGUGUGUUCAAAGAAGGGGGUUGUGGUGAAUUUCACUCCAGUGCCCUGCCCAGAGUCACUAAAAUGGGACAACCGGCUACCUGUGAGAAUUCAUUGGAAAUGAAGGACAGGUUAUUUGGGCUUGAAGAGAAAAUCAAGGAAGGGAAGGGGAGAAGAGAAGAAAAAGAGCAGCAGUCGUGUAGGAGUGUGGAGAUAAAUUUCCAGGAGAAGGACAUCUUCUUCCCACCCUCCUCUGCUCAGACCUCUCUUAAGUGCCAACUGGAACAGACACAGGACAACGAAAAUGAGAUGAGAUCCACAAUUAGAUCAGCAUGUUUGCCACCUGGCUCUUUCCAGGAUACUUGUCUCCCUGCUGCUAAGAAAGUAAAAACAGAAACCAUCAACAGUGAACACCUACAUGUGCAUAACACAAAUCAAGAGGCUUUGCUCCAACACAAUUCUAACAGUAAUGAUCAGAAGUGGACCGAAACCAGACCGAAGCCCUAUGCCUGUUCUGAAUGUGGGAAGCUAUUUUCACACAGCAACAGUCUUCACAGACACAAAAAAAUUCACACGGGAGAGAUUCCGUACUGCUGUCCAGAAUGUGGUAAACGAUUCUUACAAAUGAGCAGUCUGAAAAGUCACACGAGAAUCCACACUGGCGAAAAACCUUAUUGCUGUUCUGAAUGUGGGAAGCGAUUCUUACAAAAGUGCCAUCUUCAAGACCACGUCAGAAUUCACAGUGGAGAGAAACCUUAUUGUUGUACUGAGUGUGGCAAACAGUUCUUACAAGUCAGCCAUCUACAGAGCCACAUCAGAAUUCACACUGGAGAGAAACCUCACUGCUGUGCAGAGUGUGGAAAAUUAUUCUCCCACAGAAGUGGCCUUUAUAGCCAUAAAAUAAUUCAUACUGGGGAGAAGCCGCAUUGCUGUUGUGAGUGUGUCAAACGUUUCUCAAACAGCAGUAAGCUUAAUAGACACAUGAGAGUUCACAUCAGAGAGACAAACAAACCUAACGAAGUAUGAGGAGAUGCAAGUAGAAAUGUGUAAAAUGUGGAAAAAAACCUCCAACAUUGUCGUUUGGAUCAACAGGACUCAUUAAAUGAAAGUUUACUGUAGGCGUCCUGACAAUUCUCAUCAAACUCUUUGAAUUAUAAAAGGAGGCAUUACUUGGGACAAUGCAAAAUUCUAAGCUGUUAUGACAAAUUUAAGAGAAUGGCAGUGGUACAUAUGACCUAAGUGGUGAUUGAGGUUCACUCCUGUCUUGACUACAAGCAAAUAUAACCAUUAUAUAGAGAAACCGAGAGACUCUUAUUGCAAACGCUUCUCACCAAUAGGAAGUCUUCAGUGCAGUUGGAGAUGCGACACACGUGGGACAAAAGAAUUUACAUUGUAUCAGUGAUGCUGUGAUACACAGGGCUGAUUUAAAGGACCUUCUAGGGCCAUAAUGAUAUUCUGCCAAUCUCUAUAACCCCAUAUGAAUCGGAAAAGUAAAUAGUACGAGGCAUCAUGCAGGUACUACACUGAAGCAUCACUGCAAGUCAACAACAACAACAUACAGUAUGUAGCGGUACAGCGUCACAUCAGCACUGAAGACUGAGGACCAUCCUUGUUUUGCUUUAAUACUAGACUUUACUGUUGCGCCACCGAAGCAGUCGUAGUACGUGCGUGUCAGUGUCGCACCCUAAUGCUGGUUCUUUUUCUGCAGUUAUAUUUUUAAAUAAAAGCGCACUUGUUCUGCUA